UUUUUUUUUUUUUUGGAAAAGGUAAGAAAAAUAAUCAUAUAAUUUUCGAAAUCUGUCUUAUAUAUAUACCCUGAAAACACCUUAUUGCACAUCACAAGUCAUUGCAUCUUUACAAGAAAGUCUUUGUGCAAAAUUUGUAGUUGUGAAAGAUGAUAAGUUCAUUAAGGGUAGCGGGAGGGUGUAUGUUGUGCUUAGCGGGAAUUUCAUUUUUUGUGACAUUAAUAUUAUCAAUAAAUUCACUUCAUUUUCUUGGCUCAGACUGCCCCGGUUUUCGUUUCCUUGGUAUAACACUCUUCAUUAUCGGAUUCUUAAUGAUGUUUAUCCUCUACUACGCGAAUGUCCCUGAUGAUGCGAGCGAUCACAAUUUACCAGUAUCAAUAUGCUUGUCUUCACUUAUAUUACUUCUCCUCCUCGCCUUAGGGAUAUUCGCGUUGGCUGUCAGCAGCAAAGGGGGAGGGAAAUCAAUACCUGGGAUAUUGUACAAGGAGUACUACAUAGAGUCGUACUCUAAGUGGAUGCAGAAUAAGGUUCAUGAUGCACGUAAUUGGGAAAACUGCUAUAAGAAGGUUAUUGUAAAUAAAGAGCAUGUAUGCACCAAAUUUGGUAAGAAAUAUAAGCAGGACUCCCUUGAUAAACUCCACAAACGUAAUUUGUCCCCUUAUGAGUCAGGUUGUUGCAAGCCCCCAGAAGAAUGCAAUUUCAAUUACACAAGUCCGACAGUUUGGGUAAAGCCGGAGAAUGGAAACUACUCGAACGUCGACUGCAACAAAUGGGACAAUGAUCCAAAGACCUUAUGCUACGAUUGCCAAUCAUGCAAAGCUGCACUUCUCCAAGACGUAACUUCUCACUGGUUUUUCACGGGCGUUUUUUUGGUUGUGAUGCUAGGCUUACUAUUCCUGCUCGGUAUAGGUUGCUUUGUUAUAGCUAUCAUUUCAGAUCGUUCAUCAUCUGAAGAUUAUUCAAGGAUAUAAGCAUAUCUUUCGAUCGUAAUUGACAUGACCGAUCCUUAUGACGUACAUAUGUUAGUGGUGUAACGGCUAUGAUAUAAUGGCUAUGAUGUAAGAACGUGUGUUAGAGGUGUUGUGACUGCGAUAAGGUGACGGCUCACCUUCUAAAGAAUCAAUCUGUAUAAAAUUACUCCUUAAUAAAUAAAGGUUUGUAUGUACUAAAUUAAUUAAAGUUACAAUAGUAUUUAUUUUUGCUAUCUAUCUGACAAUUUGUGAAAAUUUGAUCAUGAUUACCGAGUAUAGGCUUUUGUAUUUUUUUUUUAAGACAAGUAUAGGCUUUUGUAUUGUUUACUUUAAGAUUCGUUUACU